CACAUAGUCAAAUUCCUGCAGAAACUGUUGUUCUCUAUAUCGCCAUGGCCGAUGAUUCAAACGAGAACAAAACCACUAUACGGAUUCUAUGUCGCAAACUUCUGCUGAUCACAAAAUCCGAAUCAGGAAUACAAUGGCUGAUUGGUUCCCCGUUUCUUCCUACGUUCACCAUCGUCUCAACCUUCAGAUGCAUCAACACCCUUACUUCCGAUCCCCUAUCCCCGGAUUUUUCCAAAGAAUCAGAUGAUAUGCGGGCAUUGUUACCAAGGGGAUUCGAGGUAAUCGGAUCUCUGAUUGUUAGUACCAGCAACCCAAAUGUGGAAGGGUCUGCCCGGGAUGCUAUAGAUGCCUCAGAUCAUCCGGAGAAGUAUGUUUGGGAGAGAGGUUGUAUACUGCACUGUGAACUUCCAAUCAAGUUGCCAGUGUAUUAUUCUGUAAAGGAUCCAAAAGAUGCAGAAAACAUGCUAAAGCGUGCAACUGAGGCUGUUGCAGCCAAAUUUAGAGACCCUAAAACUACAUACGUGCUAGAAACAGUCGAUGAAUCCAUGACUGAAGCAUUACAGCCUAUAAUUAUUCAGAACAGGGAUUAUGAUCUUGAGGAUACCUCUCAAAAAUCUAAUACAAAGUCUUUAUUGUGCUCACACUUUUGUUUUGAAGAUAGGAAACACAAAUCUCCUUCAGUGGAGAAUGCAGAUAAAAUCCAAGUAAGCUUGUUUCUUGCUACAUCAGGACCCUCUGUAAAACCUCCUGCCCCUUGUGCUGAAUAUAUUCCAGGUGAAGCCAAGCUUCUGGUUGUUGAGUAUAAAGUAAAAGUUAUCUGUUAUGCAACAAAGGAUCUUCUUCUGAUGGAUGCAAUUUCAAAAUUAAUUAUUCCUGGGUUAGUUGACCAGUUACAUACUAUGAAGAACAUGACCUUACCCAAUCUAUUAUCUCAGCACCCAAAGCUACAUCCACAUCACUUCAUUCCUCCAGGAUUCCUGCAUCCAAUAACUGCCAUUUAUGAUUCACUUUAUGGCGAAACAGAAAUGAAGCAAGUUGAAAUCAGAAAAUGUCUUCAUAUGAGGCUGGGAUUACCUUUAGAUCGUCCUCUUUUGAGAAUUGCAAGUGCCAUUGACUUGUUGACUGCAAAAGAAGGUGCAAGUGGCAACAUCUUGCGGAAAGGAACUCCUCUGCUUAAGGAUGUGCACAUUGGGAUCCCAAGUAGUGGAGUUCAUGGUGGAGUUGUAUCUCUGGUUCAAGGCUCUUAUGAGUACUAUCAUUACCUUCAAGAUGGCUUUGAUGACUCGGGGUGGGGUUGUGCUUAUCGCUCUUUACAGACCAUAGUUUCAUGGUUUAAAAUCCAACAAUACACAGCUAUUCAUGUUCCUUCACACCGUGAAAUACAAGAGUCACUUGUGGAAAUUGGAGAUAAAGACGCUUCAUUUAUCGGGUCACGUGACUGGAUUGGUGCCAUUGAACUAAGCUUUGUUUUGGACAAAUUACUCGGUGUAAGCUGCAAGGUCAUAAAUGUCAGAUCUGGAGACGAAUUACCCGAAAAAUGUAGAGAACUAGCUAUGCAUUUUGAGACCCAAGGAACACCCAUCAUGAUAGGUGGCGGGGUUCUUGCGUAUACCCUUUUGGGAGUGGAUUAUAAUGAAGCAAGUGGAGAUUGUGCAUUUUUGAUACUUGAUCCUCAUUACACGGGAAGUGAUGAUAUAAAGAAAAUAGUGAAUGGUGGCUGGUGUGGAUGGAAGAAAGCGGUUGACAGCAAGGGCAAACAUUUCUUCUUGCACAAUAAGUUCUACAAUCUCUUGCUACCACAAAGGCCAAACAUGGUAUGAAUUAUUAUUGAUUAGGCCAUAUUCCAAAAAUACCCCUCUUUUUUCUUUGCUUUGUUUCUCCAGAAAAGGCUUGUUUUAGUCAUUUCCUGUUAGAAAGUGUAUGUUGUUUUCAGCCCGUGGGUUAUAUUUGUAUGGGUGUUGUUGUUUGAGUAAGAAAGACGAAAAUGCCCCUCCUGAAAUGAAGAAUUAUGAAUAUGUUGCAUUUUUGUUUUUGUUUAAUAUGUAUGACCCC